UUUGGAUGAGAAAUGGCGGCAGUGCUGGAGCAGGUUUUGGAGACGACCGAGUUAGCUAAACUUUCUCGGGCGACUCAAGGCAAACUAGAGAAAUAUGUUUCAGAUCAGAAGAGUGAGAUUGAUGAUCUGAAGGUUCAGUAUAAGCAGUUGCAAGUGGACAGUGAACAACAAUACUUUGACCUGGACAAGCAAUUUGUUGAGAAGCAGGAACAGUUUGUGGCAUUAACACAAGAACAUGAAAAACUCACGGAGGAGUUUACAAAGCGUGAUGAAGAACUUAAAUGUCUCAGUGAAAAGACCAGGGAACAAGAAUCUUCAUAUGUGCAGCUGCAGUCCCAGCAGAAUCAACUUUCCAAAGCAAAGGAUGAGCUGGAGGCAGAGAAACGAGAGCUGGUGCGCACGCUACAGAGGAGGUCUGAGGAGGUAGAGAGCCAGAAUGAGGAUUUAAGAACUGUCAAUGAUAAGCUGGUGGAGGUUAGUGCUGCAAAAAUGCAGUUGCAGUUGAAGCUGGAUGAGCUGGAGGCCUCUGAAGUUGCAAUCAAGUACAAAGAGAAGCGCAUGAAUCAGGAGAAAGAGCUGCUCCAGGGCCAAGUGGCCUGGCUAAAUGAAGAACUGAAGUCUAAAAGCGAGACCCUGCUUUCUCUCUCACGGCAGAAAGGGAGUGAAAUCCUGGAGCUUAAGUGCAGUUUAAACAACAAAGAGGAUGAGAUUACCAGACUCCAAGACCAAGUGGCCAGUUUAAAGGCCACUAAUGAAAACAAGCAAAAGCAAACCGAGGAGCUGAUCAACAAGCUAAGAGAGGCAAAGGAACAACAAGCCAAUUGUGAAGAGAAGUUUCAGAACGAGCUCAAUGCAAACAUCAGGCUGUCAAACCUGUACAAGGGAGCAGCAGCAGAUGCAGAGGCUAAGAGUGUAGAGCUGAGCCAGGCUGUGGAUGAGUUGCAUAAGCUGCUGAAGGAGGCAGGAGAGGCCCACAAAGCUCUGGAGGAAAAAAUGGCGUCAAUGGAAAGUUGCAAGCAGAGGGAAGUUGCUGAAAUGAAGGAACGCAUCGGCAGCCUGGAGAAAGAGGUAGACCACGCCAAUGACCUUUUGUCAGGCAACAAGCACAGAGUUGGCUCCACAUCUGAUCUAGUUUUCCCUGCUGAGCAGUUAAGCACCAUGUCUCCCACUGCAUCCGUCAUCACCAAGAUCAAGCCGGGAAUGAAGCUCACUGAGAUUUAUGCAGCAUAUGUUGAGUCCCAAGAGCAGCUGCACCUGGAGAAGUUGGAGAGCAAACGUGUGAACAAGUAUCUGGACGACAUUGUGCAGGAGGUGGAAGCCAAAGCACCCAUUCUGAAAAGGCAGAGGGAGGAGCUGGAACGCACACAGAAGUCUGUAGCCAGUCUGUCCGGCAAACUAGAACAAGCCAUGCAGGAGGUGCAGCGCUUGCAGAGGGAAGCCGACGAGGCCAAAAAGCGCUCGUCGAUGCUGGAGCGAGACAAUCAGAGGUUUGAGAUGCAGAUAAGCGACAUGGCUCAUCAGGUGCGUGUUCUGCUGGUUGAGCUGGAGGAAGCUCGUGGAAACCACGUGCUCCAUGACGAUGACGAAAUAUCUUUUGCAGAUGUUAGCAGUUCAUCUGCAGUGAUCUCGCAGCACCUGGUAACAUUCCGAAGUGUUGAGGAACUGCAGCAGCAGAACCAGCGGCUCCUGGUGGCCAUACGCGAGCUUGGAGACGCUCAGGAGAAAGGAGAGAUGGAAGAUGAAAGUACCAAAAUCGGCCAACUUCAAGUGAGUCUGAAGAAGGCCAUGAGCGAAUUGGAACAGUUGCGAGAGCAGCGUGCUCAACAUAUGCAGGUUACUGAGUCCAUUGCACGCCAGCGAGACAUGUACCGUGGCCUGCUAGCCCAGGCUACAGGAGUCAGCUUUCCGCAGCAAGGUGCCAUCCCAGAGGAGUUCUCUCUCACCUCAACACCUCGUCGCUCCCCUGCAGUUACCCCCACUACAGCAACACCAACUGGCCUAGUUGCUACUGUAGUCGAGUCCACAGAGACAGUGGAGGCCAAGGCUGCACUGAAGCAGCUGCAGGAGGUGUUUGUGGAUUUUAAGAAAGAGAAGACUGAAAAUGAGAAAGCUCUGACUGAUCAGUGUACGAAAAUGCAGGAGCAAUUAUCUGAAGUGCGAACCCAAAACUCUAAGACCUCCAGUCAGCUGGAGUUUACUUCGAAGCGCUAUGAAAUGUUACAGGAUAAUGUAGAAGUUUAUCGGAAGGAUAUUGCCUCUCUGAGGGAGCAGACCCAGAAGCAAGCUGCUGCAGCCCAGAAGAACGAGCAGACCAUUCACACACUCACUGAAGACUUGCGUGCUGCAAAUGAUAAGCUUGCACAAACUGAAGCACGUGCGGAAAACCUGCGCAAGGAGAGAGACAUGCUGAAAAUGGUGGAGUCUAGGCUGAUCCAGGAAAAAGAGUCCAUCCUGGCUCAGCAACGAAGCCAGAAUAUCCUACUCACCAACCUUGAAUCUAUCCAGGCCACGUUACAGCGUUCAGAUACCGAAACCAGGCAAAGGCUGCUGUUGCAGGUGGAGAAGCAGGAGCGAGAGAUCUUACAGCUACAGAAGAGACUAGAGCACGAGAUUGAACAGAAGCAUGUGCUGGGACGCAAUCAGGAUAUGCAGCUGUUGGAUGCUAAAAAGCAGCUGGAGGUGCAAUGUGCAUUGCACCAGAAGACCAAGGAACAGCUGAAUGCUGCUCAGCAAGAGCUCAGUACUGUUCGCCAGCAGCUGAGCAGCCUAGAAGGUCGUGUUUACUCAUUUAGCAGCAACACAGGACUAGCAGGGCCACAUAGUGGUGGAGGAGACGCAGAGGAACUGCUUAAACGUCUGAAUCAAGCUGAGGGUAAAGCCGAGGUUCUGGCCGAAAGAAUGCAAAGCACCACCGCCUCUCUUGAGCAAUACAGAGCCAUGUGCCUUAGUCUGGAGGAAGCCCUGGAGAAAGAACAACAGGUGACUGAACAGGUGAAGGCUUCGGUUGAGAGCCAAGUUUUGGAGGCUCAAGAACAGCUUCGGCAGCUGGAAAAGAAGCUUCUAGAGGCUGAAAAGGAGAAACAAGGACUUCAGGAAGAGAAACACCAAGCUGUGGCAGCUGUUGAGCAGCAGGUGGGCGAGCUGCGCCGAAGCCUAAGCAGCCUGCAGGCUGAAUAUCAGGAGGCUUUGCAGAAGGUGGCAAUGGUGACCACCCAGGAACAGCAGGCUGUGCUAGACAGCCAGGAGCAGGCACGGCUUGUUGCAGAAGCCCAGGACAAGUACGAGCGUGAGAUGCUGUUGCAUGCUGGCGAUGUGGAGGCCCUGCAGGCAGCCAAAACCCAGGCGCUGCAUGUGUCACAGCUCCGCCAGCAGCUUGAGGAGAAACUCCAGACGGUCAGCGCACAACUGCUAGAGGCUCGUGUAUCUUGGGAAGAACAGGAGCGGAUCCUUAAAGACGAACAAACUAAGAUGGAGUCAUGCUGUCAAGACUUGCAAAAGCAGAAUGAGCUCCUUCAUGAACAGAUUCAGAGCAUGAGUGGAAAGAUGGCCACUCAGCUACAGCAGGCGGCCAACGAGAGCUCACUCAACAUUUCUCUAACUGAAGAGGGGAAGUCUCAGGAGCAGCUCCUCGAGAUCCUUAAGUUUGUUCGCCGAGAAAAGGAAAUUGCAGAGUCCCGUUUUGAAGUGGCGCUGAGUGAAAGUCUGAGACACAGACUACGUGUGGAGCACCUGGAGCGGGAGCUGAAGGAUGUGCAGGACUCCCUCAGUGCUGAGAGGGAGAGGAUGCAGGUCACUGCCAAGACCCUCGCCCAGCAUGACGAGCUGAUGAAGAAGACUGAGACUAUGAACGUGCUGAUGGAGACUAACAAAAUGCUGCGGGAGGAGAAGGAAAGACUGGAGCAGGAGCUCCAGCAGAGUCAAGCCAAGGUACGCAAAUUGGAGUUGGACAUCUUGCCCAUGCAGGAGUCCAAUGCAGAACUGAGUGAGAAAAGCGGUAUGCUGCAGGCAGAGAAGAAACUUCUGGAGGAGGAUAUCAACCGCUGGAAAACCCGAACUCAGUACCUGGUGAGCCAGCAGAAGGAUGCAGACCCAGAAGAGUUUAAGCGUCUUCACUCGGAGAACGAAGAUCAUCUUAAACGCAUCCAGCAUCUCACCGAGGAAAACAGCCGGCUCAAAGCAGAGGCUUCCAGGAGCAGCUUAUCAGUCAUGGCUCUUCAGUCUCAGGUACCGAACCUGCGGGAAAAUCUUAAUAAGGUAACAAUGGAAAGGGAUAGCCUGAGGAAAGAGCUUGAAUCCAAGACUCUGGAGAUCCAGGAGAAGGUCAGAACCAUCGUGCAAGUGAAGAAGCUUGGCCGGCGUUAUAAAAUCCAAUAUGAGGAGCUCAAAAAUGAGCAAAGCCAGAAGGAAACUGCUGCAUCCUCAGCUCCAGUUCAAGACCAGGAGGCUCGGCAGGCCUCUGCCCAGGAACACCAGAGUCUCAGAGAUUCACUUAGUCAGUCAGAGGCCAGGAUUAAGGAGCUGGAGAACCAACUAGAUACCUUAAACAAAACGUUGGGGGAGCGUGAGGCGGAGGCACGGACAGUGCAGGAUCAGGCUUCCCGUAUGCAAGGUGAGCUAAUUCGUCUGCGCCAGGAGCUGGUGGACAAGUCAGCCCAUGUGGAACAGCUCCGUCAGCAGCUGGCUGAGAAGGAGGAGAGAACCAGAAAGGCGUUUUUGGGUGCCAAACAAAAAAUCAACCAGCUAGUAAAAGACAAUGGAGAGCUGAAGCAACAGCGUGACGAGCUGAAGCAUCAGCAUGACGAGCUGAAGCAGCAGCGCGAGGAGCAAGAGGUGCGCAUAAAUGCGCUGCGCUCACAGUACGAGGGCCGCCUUGGCCGAAUGGAGAGGGAACUACGUGACCUUCGCGAGCAGCAGGAGAGACAUGUGGAGCAGAGGGAUGAGCCUGUGGAGCAGGGCCCAAGCAGGACCCAGGAGCAGCAGAGGACUACAGAACAAAGACAAAUUUCUCUGAAGUCUACUCCAGUGGCUGAAAGGGGCAGUGCUAGUACCUCAGAGCCCCCCACGGCUAACAUAAAACCUACUCCAUUGGUGGCGACACCCAGCAAGCCCCCUGUUAUCCCAGGCAACAAGCCCACUCCGAGGGCAAGUAUCAAACCAAUGAUUACACCUGCCCCAGUGCCUACGCCCACUCCUACUGCCACAGUGAUGCCCACCACCCAACAGGAAAGCCAGGAAGCUCUGCAAUCAUCAGAAGCUCCUUUGGAACACGUGUCUGUUUACGGCAGUGCCAGUGGUACGGUGCGCUCCACCAGCCCCAACAUUCAGACCACACUAGCUCAGCCCAUCCUGAGCGUCCAGCAGAACCAGGCCACUGCCUUUGUCCAGCCCACACAGCAACAGAGUCUGCCCCCUGUUGAGCAAGCCAGUCAGGAGCCCGCCUCGGCUACAAUGAUGAUGGAGGCCACACCCAGCACAUCACAGAUGGAAAGAUCCUCCACAUCCACAGCUGUAUUUGGAACAGUUUCAGCUACUCCUGGAAGCGCCUUAAGUAAGCGGCCUCGUGAGGAGGAGUUGGCGGGCAGUCCAGUGGACAUUGAACUUCAAGACGAGCCCAACGAGCCUCCCAUCUCUAAGAAGCUGCGAAUACAGAGAGUGGAACUUGAGGCAGAGAUGCUUGCAGAGGACAGUGCUGAAGCAGAGAGCGUUGUGCCUGGGUUUAUGCAGGAAGUACCUGAUGUUAGUCAAGAUCUGGAGAGUUACCAAUCCUUGGAGGAAGGAGUUGAUGAGACUGGAGCAUCUCAGUCUGUCCCUGUGGAGCUACUUCUAUCUGAAACAGCAGGCACCCCACACUCACAGAGCCAGGAUGAACCAAAGGAGAAUGUCAUUGUCAUCUGCAGUGACUCAGAGAGUGGUGAUGAAGAGCCAGAGGAAGAGGCAUAUGAGGAAGAGCAGGAUUACGAGGACGAGGAGGAUGAUGAGGACGAGGAUGAUGAUGGUGGAAUUGGAGAGGAAGGAGAGGAAAGCAACGAGGGGAGCGGCAGUGGAGAUCCCAAUGAGGCCUAUGAAGGAGACAAUACAGAUGGUCCUGAUGCCACAGACCCAGGCACUGAAACAGAAGAAAGUCUUGGUGCAGCAGAGUCCACCCAAUAUGUGGCUGACUCACAGACAGCAAGCUUUGAAACCAACACUUUGGUGCUGUUCUCUGCUGAUCCACCCAUUUCCAGCUCUGCAUCUCGUCCUCCACAGUCUCCAAGAAGACCGCAACAGUCACUGCCUUCUCGACUCAACGUUCACGCACCACCUAUACAGGAGCUGGCUUCAACCUCUCAUGUCCAAUGUAUCCCUACACGGAGGCAACCAGCUGGCAGAGGCCUUCAGUUGACAUCUGGAGUUACCGGUAGUGCACAGCCACAGCAACACUUCUAUGAGGAAGACGAUCGUAUUGUCCCCAGCACCCCCACUCUGGGUCAUAGAUCAGACAGCUUUGCUGAGGUCAUCCAGUCUUCUCAGGUAGCAGGUGUGCCACGUUUUGGUUUUGGUUCUGGUUCCACAGAUGAUGUUCCACAGACUAGCUCGUCACACUCUGAUCUGGACCAGCUGUCAUCACAAGGAGAGACGCUCUCCUCUGAGAUGACUGAACAAGCCUCCCAGUCUGUUCCCACUGUGAGCACAUCCACGCCUGGUGUAUGUGUGGUAACUGGGCCUAGUGCAUCUGAGGAGAGAGAUGUUAUCCUCCUCGAGUCAGAAGAAGAUGGCAGUGCAGAGGCAGUGCUGGAGUCUGUGGCUCAAACAGAAGCUGAAGAACCAGCUCAGCCUUCAGAUGAGGCCAGUCUUCCAUCUACCAGCCAGGAACCCUCAUCCAGCUGUGCAGACACAAGCAGCACUUCAUCAACCAGAACUAGAGCAGGAUCAAGCAGACAGUGGACUCGAGGACGUGGCACCAGAGGCUUUGUUAAAAGAGAUGGACCGGGAGUUAUGGGAGUGCGAGGGCGCUUUGCCAGAUGAACCAUGUGCUACAAAAGCGCUUUCAUCAUUCCGGCUGCUAUGAUA